GAACUUAUCCCCCGGAUACUACAUGUAUAUGCCCACGGGGGAGAGAGGCCAAUUGAGUGUCCUCGCCCCGCGCCCAAUAUGAUGAGCGACCAGGACAUUGAGCGCCUCGCCCACCCCGAGUUCUGGGACGAGCGGUACGCCACGGCCGAGGACGCGGCGCCGACGCACGAGUGGUUCCGUACUUUUGACGAGCUGCUGCCGUUCCUCGAGCCCAAGUUGUUUACUGCGCGACCGCCGGCGACGAAUCCCAAGAUACUGCACCUCGGUUCCGGAGACAGUACCCUCCCCCGGGACCUCGCAGAGAGGGGCUACGCGGACCAGCUCUGCGUCGACUUCUCCAAGGUCGUCGUCGACCUCAUGUCGCGGCGCCACGCCGACGUCCCCAGCAUCCAAUGGCGGCUCAUGGACGUGUGCAGCAUGGACGGCCUGCCCGCGCGGUCCGUCGACGUGGCCUUUGACAAGGGCACCCUCGACGCCAUGAUCCACGGCAGCCCGUGGAGCCCCCCGCAGGACGUGGUCGAACACACGGCCGCGUACAUCCAAGAGGUAUACCGCGUGCUCAAAGACGACGGCGUCUUCCUGUACGUCACGUACCGCCCGCAGCACUUCAUCAUGCCGCGGCUCAACUGCCCGGGCGUCGACUGGGACAUUGAGGUCGUCGUGCUGGGGGGCGAGGCCAGCCUGCCCUACCACGGGUUCGUCGUAAAAAAGAAGAAACAGCAGCAGCAGCAGCAGGAACAAGCCGCGCCGGCGUAGGAGCAGGUCGGUACAAUGGUUGCCUACGCUGCGUGGACCUUUCACAUGAUUUCGACGGCGUUUAUUUUGGUCCCAGCUUGGAAUAUCAGGGUCGUUUCCGCGGCAUGAUGGGAUGGAUGAGGCCUACUAUAGACGUGAUACCCUAGACUCAGGGGCUUGACUAGUGGUUCUUUCAUCGCAAGUGCAGCCCGCAAAGGAGUCAACAGACGCCAACAACUAGACACAAGAAAAGUGAUGUUCGUUGCAGACGAAGUCGAAAGCUUCAACAACAACCAGGCUGUCUUCAUUCAGCGCUUUUGCUCGCUGUCUCUAUAUAGCUCCGCUCGAGUCGUUGACAGCUGCCACGUCCCCUUGUCCUCCCCUCCAUCUCUUACUCGAUGCUAUUCAAAGCAACCACCAAACGCCGAGGCGGGUUUUCCGCGGGAAUAUGCCCUGUUUCCUUGCCCCCCAUGGGUG